GGUUAUGGCUGCGGAGAGCAGCGCGUCAGAGGCUGCGUCAGAGGUCAUAGGGGUUGUUGCAUGGGCCGGGCGCAGUCGGUGCAGUUGUUCGUCAACAGCCGGUGCGGCGGGUGCCCACGUCGUCACAAGGAGUAGAAGGAGGACAAAGCGCACGCCGAGCUCAGACAACUCCUGAGGGAGGAGACGUCGAAGCCUCACCUGCUGUACGACAGACACCACUUGGACAUCACCAAGAGCCAUGAGCGAUUCCUCCGAAUACGACAGUGACGACCUGGCCGAAGAUUUCGAGGGACUGGCCGUGGAUAAUUCCCCGCCAAGGAAGUACAAGUGCGGUGUCUGUAAGGAGGUCGGCGACCACUUCAUCAACGACUGUCCCACGGCGGCGGAGACCGGCCAGCGGACGCCCUACCAAGGCAAGAGGCGCUGUUUCGGUCAGUACCAGUGUAGCAGCUGCCUACGCCUGUGGGUGUCCAGUCGCAGCUGGGCCAACACCCAGCAGGCGUGCCAGGACUGUAAGGUCUACGUGUACCCGCACAGGCAGAGGCCGCUGUAUAAGCCCCAAGGGAUGGACGACGUAUGUGAUCUGGACAAAAAUCAUCAACAACAACUGUGCAGAAGAUGCCAUCGGCUAGGCCAUUCGUGUGUGCAAUAGAAGCAUCACUGGUCACUGGUCAGCUACUGUGGGAGGAGGGGAUUCUGGUGUGGUAAGCGAACCGGCACACCGGACAGCCUAGCGGUCAUACAUGACCGACCAUUCCUCGUCGGCCAGUCAUAUCGUCGCUACCAUUCUCCCGGUGCCGUGUUCGCUACCGUUCUUCCGGUGAUAUGCGUUCUUACCGUUCUCCCGGUGCUGUGUUCCGUACCGUUCUCCCGGUGAUAUGCGUUCUUACCAUUCUCCCGGUGAUGUGUUCGCUACCGUUCUCCCGGUGAUAUGCGUUCUUACCAUUCUCCCGGUGAUGUGUUCGCUACCGUUCUCCCGGUGAUAUGCGUUCUUACCGUUCUCCCGGUGCUGUGUUCCGUACCGUUCUCCCGGUGAUAUGCGUUCUUACCAUUCUCCCGGUGAUGUGUUCGGUACCGUUGUUCAGGUGAUGUGUGUUACUACUAUUUUCCCGUUGAUAUGCGUUCUUACCGUUCUCCCGGUGACAUGCGUUCCUACCAUUCUCCAGGUGAUAUGCGUUCUUACCGUUCUCCCGGUCAGACGAUGCUCACACUGCCUAGGAAACGUAUAGGAUCGGCCCAGCACGCGCAUUGCCAUUGCGUGUGUGGUGUUUUAUGAUCAGUCAGAUGUUUUGACAUACAUCAGGUGUUCUGUAUGUACGCUGAGCUAUAAGUGAUUGUCGUUUUGUACCCCUCAGCGUGAGGGGGUGAGAGAUUAGCUCGUUGAGCGCAUUACCAAGAGCCAGAGCAUGUUCAGUCAUGUUGGCGAUGUUCACAUUAAUUGUUUCAGGGACCAAGACGGUAAUGUAUGUGUUAAUACAAAAUAUGGGUAAUGGCCAAUGGGCAGAACAGCUCCAGAUUGUCCCAUAUCAGUAUGUUUGUGAGGACGGAAAAAUAACAAAGCUACCUAAUGAAGCACAAUGUCUAAUACUUAGUGCACAAUUCCUCUGCGUAGUUUCUUUAUGCCUGCUUUCCUUGACACCGUGUGUCGAUUUUAGCAAAGACGCGUAAUGCGGCUGUUGUGAUGUACGCGCCACGCCGCGUCGUGUCAUCGUGUCACGUGGGAUGUGUUCGUGUCGCUCGGCACACCAUGUAUCCGGAAAAUAUACACCGAUAAAGCUUAAAAAAAAAGACGCGUAAUGCUAAAAACCGGUA